AUGGACUCUCCUGAACGUAGUCGGAGUCAUGUGAAACGAGAAGUAGAGGAUAGCUCAAAUUUGAAGAGUGAUAGGGCCGGAGAAGAUGAAGAGUGGGAGGGCAGUGAUAAGAGGAAGCACAGGUCGAGCAGAUCAAGAAAAUCUGGUAAUGGAGAAGACACAGGAGCACAAGAUAGCAGUGGCAGAAGAAGAAAUUAUGGGGACAGAAGUGAGAGCCGAAAAAGAUCUGGUGGCUCUAGCAAUGCAGAUAGUGAUGAAGACGAUUAUGACUCAAGAAAAGAGUCACGCUCUAAGCAGAUGAAGAAAAAACAAGAAGAGAGCAGUUUGGAAAAGUUAAGCAGUUGGUAUCAGGAUGGGGAAUUAGAGAACAAGCAAGAUGGUGGAGAUAAAUUGGGGGGUAGAGGACCAAUUCGAGGGGAAGAAAAUGAUAGAAGGAAAAUGAGCUCAAAGCUAACACAGCAUGAGAAUUCUCAGAGUAAAAGUAAGAGCAAAGAAGAAAGGUCCCAUGAUGGAGAGCUUGAAAAGGUACUGGAAAGAGAUUCCAGGCACUCAGAAAAGAAGGAAAGCAGCCGAGAGAAGACUCAUGGAUCUUCUGAACAGGUGAGGAACUCGAGAAGAAGAUGGGAUGAAUCAGAUGGUGGAAGGAAAGCAGAAGAAAGUCAUCACGAAAGAUCCGAUUCAAGAAGCAAUAAGCCUUCUGAUCCUAAGUAUGAGAAACCCAGCGAGAGUAAAAUCAAGGGUUUAGAUUCAAACAGUGACAGGGGUACCAAAUCUAACAACAGAGAAGAGAGAAAAGCUGAUGGGGAGAAGAGUAAGGGUAAAAGUAGGCCAGAAACACUUGAAGAAGAUAAUAGGGCUAGUCCUGCCUCUCGUGAAGACAGAUCAGGCAGGGAGAAAACUGAAAAGCAUAGACAGCAGAAAACUCCCACUGGUCGGGAUGUGGCUGAAAGCAGGGAGAGGUCUUUGAAUGCUGAUGAAGAAUCAAAUGUGGGGAUGAAAGAGAAGGGUGCUAGAGAAGUAGGAAGUACCACCAGGUCGAGGACACCUGAGAGGAGUGGGAGGCGUUAUCAGGAUUCAGAAUACCUUGAGAUGGAUUAUGACAGAAAUUUUAAUCUCAAGCGGAAGGAACUGGAAAAAGAUGGUUAUAGGGAUGAUCGACCUAAAGGCAGAGAUGAUAGCUGGAGUGACAGGAAUAGGGAUCGGGAAGGUUCCAAAGAGAACUGGAAAAGAAGGCAACCUAGCAGUAAUGAAAAAGAUUCCAAGAAUGGGGAUAUCAUUUAUGAUCAUGGUAGGGAGUGGGAGCUGCCAAGGCACGGUCGUGAGAGGGCCGAUAAUGAAAGGCCACACGGUCGGUCUGGUAAUAGGAAAGAUGGAAGCCGAGGCGAAGCUGUGAAAACCUCAUCAAAUUUUGGAAUUUCAAAUGAAAAUUAUGAUGUGAUCGAGAUCCAAACUAAGCCUAUAGAUUAUGGAAGAGCAGAAUCAGCAUCCAACUUUGCUAGGAGAACUGAAGUAGGUCAGCAAUCUGAUGGGAAAUCAGCACCAAGUGAUGAAGAGUGGGCAUAUAUGCAGGAUGACAGGACACGAAGGAGUGAUAUGCAUGGAUCUGGACUGCCAAGGGAAGAUUCAAAGGAAAGAUAUGCAGAUGAUAUUACCUCCUUGCGAGAUCAGAAUUCUUGGAGGGAGGACUUUGAUUCCCAUGGAGGGAAGGGAAGAGGACAGAAAGGUUCUAUGCCUGGGCGUGGUGCUGGUGGCCAAAGUUCUGGUGGUGGUUCACAGCCUCCAUAUGGAAAUUCGGAGCCAGGACCUUUUAAUAGGAAUGCUCCACAAGGAGUAAAAGGGGGUAGAGUUGGCAGAGGAGGAAGGGGUAGGCUUACUGGAAGAGACAGCCAACAGGUAGGAAUCCCACUUCCAAUAAUGGGAUCGCCAUUUGGACCUCUUGGAAUGCCUCCACCUGGACCCAUGCAGCCACUUACACCUAGCAUGUCACCUGCUCCAGGUCCACCAAUGAACCCUGGUGUCUUCAUUCCACCAUUUCCUCCUCCCGUGUGGCCUGGUGCUCGGGGAGUUGACAUGAAUAUGUUAGCUGUCCCACCUGGUCUCUCCUCGGUCUCUCCUGGAUCGUCAGGUCCGAGAUUUCCUCCUAAUAUGGGGACUCCGACAAACGCUGCCAUGUUUUUUAACCAAUCUGGCCAUGGAAGAGGAGUUCCUCCAAGCAUAUCCGGCCCUGCUUUUAAUGCAGCUGGACCAAUGGGAAGAGGAACUCUGGGUGAUAAAAAUCCAGGUGGCUGGGUUCCUCAUAAAAGUAGUGGGCCUCCUGGUAAAGCUCCUUCUAGAGGAGAGCAGAAUGAUUACUCUCAAAAUUUUGUUGAUACUGGUAUGCGACCCCAGAAUUUCAUCAGGGAGCUAGAGCUUACAAAUGUUGUGGAGGACUACCCCAAGCUUAGGGAGCUUAUACAGAAAAAGGAUGAGAUUGUGGCUAAAGCUGCUUCACAUCCCAUGUAUUACAAAUGUGACCUGAAAGAGUUUGAGCUAUCCCCAGAGUUCUUUGGAACCAAGUUUGAUGUCAUUCUUGUGGAUCCACCUUGGGAGGAAUAUGUUCAUCGUGCUCCUGGUGUUGCUGACCAUACGGAGUACUGGACGUUUGAAGAAAUAAUGAAUCUUAAGAUUGAGGCAAUAGCAGACACGCCUUCUUUCAUUUUCCUUUGGGUGGGCGAUGGCAUGGGUCUUGAGCAGGGCCGUCAAUGUCUAAAAAAGUGGGGAUUUCGUAGGUGCGAAGAUAUAUGUUGGGUGAAGACGAACAAAACUAAUGCGACUCCAGGUUUACGGCAUGAUGCUCAUACUUUGUUUCAGCACUCAAAGGAACAUUGCUUGAUGGGAAUAAAAGGCACCGUUCGUCGCAGCACUGAUGGCCAUAUAAUACACGCCAACAUUGAUACCGAUGUUAUAAUAGCUGAGGAACCCCCAUACGGUUCGACUCAAAAGCCUGAGGAUAUGUACAGGAUUAUUGAGCACUUUGCCCUUGGCCGCAGGAGGCUUGAACUCUUUGGUGAAGACCACAAUAUUCGGUCUGGUUGGCUGACUGCUGGAAAAGGACUAUCCUCAUCAAAUUUCAAUGCCGAGGCCUAUCUCAGGAACUUUGCUGACAAGGACGGAAAAGUUUGGCAAGGAGGGGGUGGACGAAAUCCACCUCCAGAGGCACCUCAUCUUGUUGUGACAACCCCCGACAUAGAGGCCCUUCGGCCCAAAUCGCCAAUGAAAAACCAGCAGCAACUGCAGCAGCAGAAUUCAGCAUCCAUUUCUCUGACCACGGCAAAUUCCUCCAACAGAAGGCCGGCUGGAAAUUCACCACAAAAUCCAACUGCUCUAUGUAUUAACCAAGAGGCUUCAAGUUCCAAUCCCUCAACGCCAGCUCCUUGGGCUUCACAAUUGGAGGGGUUUAAAGGGCGAGAGGGCAACAAUUUGCCGUCAGAUGAUAAGGUUUUUGAUAUGUAUGGGUACAGUGGACAAGCAAAUGGAGACUUUAUAGAUUUCGAGUCUCACAGACACAUGAAUUUGUUGUAA